ACGAAGACAGAAGAAGAUAAAAGCUAAAGCAGGCGUCGUCUGUAGGGUUUCAGAAAAAGCAGAUAAAUUGUACAUGACUGAAGACCUGCUGACAUUACUAAUCUAAUCGAGCAUAAGUAAAGAAGAUAUCUUCACAGAGCUGGUGUUGUCUUCAUACCUAUUCUCUCUACUCCGGGCUUCUGGAGUGUGAGCAGAUGGAUGUGAUCCGGUGUUUGCGCUCUCUCCUGGACCUCCAUGUUCAGCUUCAGAGAGCUGUAGCCCUUCAGGGAGAGAUCCAGGCACAGUUUCUUGCUCAGCUUUUACAUCCAGACAAUUUGAGCCCACAACAGCUGCCUCUGCCACAGCUGGACUUGACCGGAGAUGAUCUGGAGCUUUCCCUGUCUGUUUUUGAACGGGCUCUGGAUGAAAGCAAACUCCCGAAGAGGCAGUGGGGUUCAAGGCUGGCAAAGCUUCUCUGUGUGAAGACAUCUGAUGAGGAAGAUCAUGAGCUGAGUUAUGAAGCUGUGAAGACAGACGUGAGAAGGCAGGCAUGUUCGUUGGAGUAUCAGCGGUGGAGGGACUUUAACAAGGUCCGGUAUGAUCCUCACAGGGGCCUGCGGGAGCUUAAAGUUGGGGUGGAGGAAGCAGCAAAGAAAUGGCUUCAGCCUGAAAGGUGCAGCUCUGAGGAAGUGGUGAGAAAAGUGGCCCUGCAGAAAUUCCUCUCACUUCUCCCACCAGAUGCGAUCGAGAGGACAAGCGAGGAGCAGCCACAAAACAUGGAGGAGGCUGCCAUCAUGGCAGCAUCUUUCUUGGAAAAUAACAGGGCUGACAGAGACAGAGACGAGCAACUUGAUGAUGCACAUACUGAGCAUGGCUACUCAAGGGAUUAUAUUAACUCAGAUGAGCCGAAGAAGUUGGAUCCAGAACCAGUCUUCCCGUCUGACAGCAACAGCCUUGAAGUUACAGUUGGAGAUGAGCAUUUUGAAGAGGAAGAGUUUUCUGAAGCCAUGCUUUCCCCAUCAAUGGUCGACAUAAAGCCAGUCCUUAAUACUGAAGGAACCCCUUUCAUUACAAAUGAUUCUGAAGUUCUGUCUCAUGGACCCUGCUAUAGUGGUGAAUCUAAUAAGUCUUUACCAAGGCGAGCUAAUAAGAAUGGGAAUAUAAACACAGGAACAAAAUUUAAACGUGUACUUGAUUGCCCAGACUGUGGUAGCAAGUUCAAGAGGUUUGACUACCUAAGAAAGCACAUAUGUACUCCUGGGCAAAGUCUGGGGUGCCAACACUGCGAUCUGCGCUUCCCCUCUCUCUCCCAGCUAACUAACCAUCUCCGUGUCCAUCGGAAAAUGUUACACUGUCCUGAGUGCAACAAGGCUUUCAGAGACCGCUUCAAUCUCCGCUGCCACCAGCGCACACACACAGGUGAGCGCCCUCAUAUCUGCUCUGACUGCGGCUCUGCGUUUGCUCAGGAACGAGGGCUACAGGAGCAUCGCAACAUCCACACCGGCGAGAGACCCUUCCAGUGCCCAGUGUGUAGGAAAGGCUUCAGUCACAGCCGCACCCUUGCCAAACACGUUGUUGUCCAUUCAGAAGCGAGGCCGUACAUGUGCUCAGACUGUGGCAGAGCUUUUAAAAUUAAAGACAACUUGCAUCAGCAUCAGAAGAAAAUGCAUCCUGGCAAAUACUCGUGAACACACCCUGUAGCUAAAAAGACUGUUUACAAGCAAAGAUGGUACAAUAUAGAGUUUAUACUUUUAGGGAUGUUUAUGACUUCUCUAUUCAAAUACAUUGAGGGGAAAUAAGUAUUUGGA